UCAAAAUUUCUUUGUUAUUAUUUUGUUACAGAACUUCAGAUUUCUUCUUGGUUCGUUCUUGGUAUAGAAUCCACCGUAGGCAACCAUGUGGUGGCGAUUCAUUGUGGAGUUCACCAAUGAAUACAAAAUUCUCCGUGGGAUGAUCUCCUACUCGGCACUGUGGCCGCUGGGUUGCAUCCUGCAGCAAACGUUCGAGGGCAAACGCUGGAAGGACUACGACUGGCAGCGCUGUUUAAGAUACAGCCUGUACGGCACGUUCGUCUCGGCCCCGAUGCUGUACUCGUGGAUGCGCGUGGCCAACAUCAUGUGGCCCCGGCGGGACUUCCGUUCGUCGAUGACCAAAGCCUUCACCGAGCAGGUGGCGUACGAUCCGUUCGCCAUUGUGUUCUUCUUCUACGGGAUGAGCAUCCUGGAGCGAAAGAAGCAAUCGCAGGCGGCCGAGGAGGUCCGGGAAAAGUUCUGGGACACCUACAAGGUGGGUUUCGUCUACUGGCCGGUGGUGCAGACGAUCAACUUUUCGCUGGUGCCGCAGAAGAACCAGAUCAUUGCGGCCGGUUUCUUUAGUUUGAUUUGGACCACGUUUCUGGCGUUUGUCAAAACUCACGGUGGUAAAGAGAAGCACGUGGGGCCUCCCUCGACGCCGGCCGAACGCAGGAGGUGGCUCAGGGUGGCGUCACACGAGUAACGAAUGGUUCGGCUUUCGAGUGUGGGUGUAGUCGUUUUGGAAACUUGUGAUCUUUGCGAGUAAGAUUUCGUAUUAGUAUUGAUCGUCUGAAUUUUUGUUGAACAAAUUGUUAGCGAAACGAAACAAAAUAGUAUGUAAUGAUAACAGCAAAUCAAAAAAAAACUUUGUUUUCUU